GGAAAAAUAGAAAACCACAGAAAUAAGCAGAAACGCUGUUGAACGAAAGUAGACCCGCUUUAAAAACGAAUGCCUCUUCAAAACCCGGCCUCACCUGCGGUUGCCGCCGCCGCCGCCUCUAGUGGGUUCCCCCGCCUCUACGACGAGGACUUCGACUUAUAGGAUAAAACCCAUCUCUUUAGGUGCGUUUCGCUUUGAACUGCAACGGUUCUUUGUUUUUCUUUUAAGUAUUCCAUGAACAUGUUGAAACGCCUACUAUGUGUUCGUCAAAUUGCCCACGAGACCUGUUAGGAGAGAAAACCCUUCUGUAAAAGUGAGGGUCGAAAAAAAUGGCUUCAAAAGUGAAACCCUUGAACGCUUUCUUGCAUUGUAGGUGUUCAAAGAAUUUGAUCUUAUUUAGAGAUGGUAUUCACUAUGUUAAUGGGUUGUGUAAUAUCUCAUACAACUCCUUCUGCGACAUGACUGAGUCACCCAAAACCGAUGACUCGUCCACCGCAACUGAGUCACCCGAGAUUCCCACCUGGGUUAAAUUUUCGGAGAAAGACAACCCAUUGUUAGAUGAUCCAGAGGACGAAUUCUCGAUUCCCACAGUAACUUUCUGGGCUGGAAAUCGCAAGAUUCAGGAUAACAGGACUGACAUCAAAUCCAUAGUGAGUGAUAUCGCGGAAACUGAUGUUGAUCGAAUAAGUAAAAUCUUGAAGGGUCAAUUCCAAUCUCCUGAUGAUGCUACGCAAACUCUAAAUGGGUGUAGUGUGAAUGUAUCGGAGAGUUUGGCUGACCAAAUAUUGAAGAGAUUCAGCUAUGACUGGAAACCCGCGUUGGGUUUUUUCAAGUGGGCGAAAUCACUAAUGGGUUUUAAGUUUUCAGCUGAUUUAUAUAACUCCUUGGUUGAUGUAAUGGGGAAAUGUAGGAAGUUUGAUCUUAUGUGGGAAGUGGUGGAGGAAAUGGAUCAAUUGGGAGAAGGUUAUGUUUCACUGGACACAAUGGCUAAGGUUUUCAGGAGGCUUGCAAGGGCACAAAGAUACAAGGACGCAAUAGAGGCAUUUAGGACGAUGGAGGGUUAUGGUUUGAGGAAGGAUGUUGAAGCUAUGAACUCAUUGAUGGAUGCAUUGGUGAAGGGAAACAGUGUUGAGCAUGCACAAGAAGUGUACUUAGAGUAUAAGAAUUGUAUACAUCCAAAUUCUCAUACUUUCAAUAUAUUGAUACAUGGUUGGUGCAAAGCUAGGCAAAUAGAUAAAGCUAGGGAUACAAUGGAAGAGAUGGAAAAUCAUGGGUUUGUUCCAGAUGUGAUUGCUUACACUUCUGUUAUCGACUACUAUUGCCGCGAAAAGGAUUUUCGCAAAGUUGAUGAAGUUUUACAAGAAAUGGAAGAGAAGGGGUGUCCUCCGAAUCCAGUGACUUACACUAUUGUGAUGCAUGCUUUAGGGAAGGCAAAGGAAAUCAAUGAGGCACUGAAGGUGUAUGAGAAAAUGACGCGGAGAGGCUGUGUUCCCGAUUGUUCGUUUUAUAGCUCAUUGAUUUAUAUUCUGAGUAAGGCUGGUAGGCUCAAGGAUGCCCGGGAAGUUUUUGAUGAUAUGUCGAAGCAGGGGGUUAGUCCGGAUGUGGUGACAUAUAAUACAAUGAUCACUACAGCUUGUGAGCAUUCACAAGAGGAGAAUGCUCUACAGCUGCUACGAGAAAUGGAGAAGAGUGGGUGCAAGCCGGAUCUAAGGACUUAUGCUCCUUUGUUGAAGAUGUGCUGCAGAAAGAAAAGAAUGAAGGUGCUUUCCUUCUUGUUAAACCACAUGUUUGAAAGUGACGUCAGUCUUGAGCUUGGAACCUAUUCCCUUUUGGUUCAUGGGUUGUGUAAGAGUGGGAAGCUCGAACAUGCUUGCGUGUUUUACGAGGCAAUGGUGUUGAGAGGAUUUGUUCCAACGGAUUUUACGUCAGAGAUGCUGAGAAAAGAACUUGAGAAGAUGGGUAUGGAAAAGGCGAAGGCGAGGAUUGGUGAAUUGAUCUUACAAGCAGGAUCACAAAGAAGAAUGUAAUUGGCGUCGAUCGUGAUACUUGAACUUAAUUUCUUUGAACAUUUGGAGUUUCUUGAAUUCAGAUUUUUCCGAUUGAUCGGUCUGCUGGCAAAUUUGUUUGAAUUCUUCCUGUGGUGCAUGAACUGAAUUGUAAUUCUUUCAUGCUUUGACCUUUAAUGAGGUAAGCUGAAUCUUGGAAUGGACCAAAGACAAUUGCUUGAGUU